CUAGUCAGAGGCGUAACUGAGUGCGAAUCUUUCCUGCCAGCAAAUAAAAGAUUUGGAAAAGAUGUUAAGAUGCUUUGCUCGAAAAUCCAUCAUAUAUAACUAUAUAAAAUAUUAUAUUAUAAUUAUUCCAACUAGUUUGCCAUCUUAAGCAGUGCGUGCUAGUUAGCUAGCCUAGCCAAAUUAAGCGCAGAUAUCUAAUUCUAACGCGCCUGAAGAGUCAGACAGUGCAUUUUCUAUAGAUCCUAAAGCCCGCACAGAACUGUUCCAUCAUGUUGGUCCCAAUCUUCAGCCUGAAGCUGAACCAUAAGAUCAACCCCCGUAUGGUUACUGUCGGCAAAUUUGAUGGUGUUCAUCCAUGCUUGACUGCAGCAACACAAGCAGGCAAGGUGUUCAUCCACAACCCUCACACUCGAGGUAAAAGACAAGCAACUCAUCGCAUGACUCAGAGUACCCAAGACUCCGACAUCACCUUGCUUAACAUUAACCAGGCAGUAAGCUGUCUGGCAGCUGGUACUUUGGGCCCUAGUACUACAGGGGACACACUCCUCGUGGGCUCCCAGACCAACCUCCUAGCUUACAAUGUACAUGACAACGCUGACGUUUUCUACCGGGAGGUGACAGAUGGGGCCAAUGCCAUUGUUUUGGGAAAAUUAGGGAACAUCCCAUCGCCUCUCGCUAUCAUUGGGGGAAACUGUGUGCUUCAAGGCUUUGACUAUGAGGGAAAUGAUCAGUUCUGGACAGUGACCGGGGAUAAUGUGAGAUCAAUGGUGCUGUGUGAUUUCACUGGUGAUGGAAGGAAUGAGCUUCUUGUGGGAUCAGAAGACUUUGACAUCAGGGUGUUUAGAGAAGAUGAGCUGGUGUCUGAGAUGACAGAGAAUGAGACUGUAACGUCACUGUGCCACAUGCACGGCAGCAGGUUUGGCUAUGCUUUGGCCAAUGGAACAGUGGGCGUCUAUGACCGCACCGCUCGCUACUGGAGAAUUAAGUCAAAAAAUCAUGCAAUGAGCAUCCAUGCUUUUGACCUCAAUGGUGAUGGAGUUGUAGAACUUAUAACAGGCUGGUCCAAUGGCAAGAUUGAUGCUCGAAGUGACCGAACUGGUGAAGUGAUCUUUAAGGACAACUUUUCAUCAUCAGUGGCCGGUGUGCUAGAGGCAGACUAUCGCAUGGAUGGACAGGUUCAGCUUAUUUGCACCUCGGUGGAGGGAGAAGUGCGUGGCUACCUUCCCGCUAGUAAGGAGAUGAAGGGGAAUCUUAUGGAUGCAAGCGUGGAACAAGACCUCAUUAGAGAGUUGAGCCAGCGCAAACAAAACCUGUUACUGGAGCUACGGAACUAUGAAGAAAAUAACAAGGCUGUCCCUGGUGUCUCAGACGGGGAAACUCAGAUGGGUGUCAUUCCUGCCAACACUCAGCUGCAGACUGCCUUGAGUGUACGAGCAGCCACUGAGAGCCAGAGAGCCCACAUAGAGCUCAGCAUAUCUACACCCAAUGAGACCAUUAUUCGUGCUGUGCUGAUUUUUGCUGAGGGCAUUUUUGAGGGAGAGAGUCAUGUGGUGCAUCCUAGUGCUCAAUCCCUGUCUGGCUGCAUCUGUGUUCCCAUAAUUCCCCCUAAAGACAUUCCAGUAGAUCUGCACAUUAAGGCAUUUGUGGGCGGAAGAACAAGUACACAGUUUCACGUGUUUGAGAUAACUCGUCAGCUGCCUCGCUUCUCCAUGUACGACCUUCAUGUUGAUCCCUCAACCCCUCAGCCGAAGGGAAAAGUUACAUUUAGUAUCAACGACAGGCCACAAAGGAUUGUCAUGUGGCUGAAUCAGAACUUUCUGCUACCUGAAGGCAUUAACAGCCCAAAUGUGACCUUCACAGCACUGCGUGAUGAAGGACUGCUGUCUAUUAGCAUGCACUCCAGUGGCGAGAUAACACUAAACACCGAUGACAUUGACCUAGCAGGAGAUCUGGUGCAAUCACUAGCUACUUUUCUGGCCAUUGAAGAUUUGCAGGCAGAGGCAGAUUUUCCUACCUACUUUGAGGAGCUUCGAGUCACUCUCACAGAGGUGGAUGAGUUUCACUCGGUGCAUCAGAAGCUGACAGCAGCAAUGGCAGAUCACUCCAGCCACAUCAGAAACAUGCUGGUGCAAGCGGAGGAUGCAAGGCUCAUGGGAGACUUAAAGAACAUGAAGAAGCGCUACAUUGAGCUGUACGACCUCAACCGAGACCUGAUCAAUGAAUAUAAAAUCCGCUCCAACAACCACAAUGCUCUGUUGACUCGCCUUAAGGCUGUGAACCAAGCCAUUCAGAGAGCCGGCAGACUGAGAGUGGGAAAGCCAAAGAACCAGGUUAUCAGUGCCUGCAGGGAUGCCAUCAAAAACAACAACAUAAAUGCCCUUUUUAAAAUCAUGCGUGCAGGGACUGCUUCUUCAUAAAGAAGCAUUUGGUGGUCAUCCUUAUUACCUACAAGAUGGACCUCUAGCUACAGACUCAGCCCUCUGGGACAGAACAACAGUGCCGCACAGAGGGAGAGUCCUGAAUCUGCAGCUCUUAAUGUUAAGAUCAAGGAAAAUACAUACUGAUAAAAAUCAUCUUCUCCAGGCCUGCUUGCUCACUGCGGCAGCAGUUGUACGUAGAGCUGUAGUUUGGUUCUGUGGAAGUGGCAGCUAAAAAUAUUUUGUGUGUGAAAUAUAUAUAUAAAGAAAACCUUUUUUUAUUUAUGUAUACAGGCACUCCUUAUUCUGUAUGAGUUAAACUGAAUUUUAUUAAAUUAUUGAACAUCUCUUGAUCAUA